AACGGGUCUUCUUGCGGCUCCUUCUGCGCAUGGGCAGAACUUCGCAGGCCCUUCUAGGUUCUCCCGCUUACGGUGAGAGACGGUGCGGAACCUCCACGAUCCUGCAGAUUCCGAGCUGUCUUUCACAUGAUGAAUCUGACAUUUAAAGGUGUGCGGAUGAGUUCUUUAUAGGAUAGCAGUACAAGAAGAGUUUAUUUUUCUUCCUAAAAGCUAUACUUUCAGAGAUUUCAACAUUUUUCCAAGAAAGACCAGCAAAUUAUGAAGAAAUCCUAUCACCAGGAAUCCACACCAAGAAUGUGGGAUUUCAUCUUCCAAGACUGUUGCUGAGCCAGUUCGUGGGUUGAAUUGUGUCUCCCGAAAAUUCAUGUGUUGGAGCCUUAACCCCCGAUACCUUAGAAUGUGACCUUAUUUGGAGGUAGGAUCUUUACCAAGAAGGAACCACCUUGCCAACACCAUAGUCUUGGAGUCUAGCCUCCGCACUGCGACCGUAACUUUCUGUUAGGACAGCCGCCCAGUUUGCGUUCUUUGCUGUGGCGGCUCUGGCCCACAAGGGCCUCCUGCGAGGCUGAGGUGGAGCAAGGCUAAGUCAAAGCCACACGGGUCUCUCCUACCAGGUUUCAGCUGCCUUCUGUAUCCGUCCUUCGAUCUGGAAGUCUGACGUCUGAAAUGACUCUGACGGGGCUAAGGUCAAGGCAGUGGCAGGACAGGGAUCCUUAUCAUUUGAGGAUGUGACUGUGGGCUUCUCCCAGGAAGAGUGGCAGCACCUGGACCCUGCCCAGAGGACCCUGUACAGGGACGUGAUGCUGGAGAACUACAGCCACCUUGUCGCAGUGGGGUGCUGCGUCCCUAAACCAGACGUGAUCUUCAGGCUGGAACAAGGACAGCAGCCAUGGCUCGUAGAGGAAGAGUCCCUAGACCAGAGCUGCCCAGAACUUUUUGCUCUGAAGUGUGCUUUGAUAUUCAUACACCUACUCCACAAAUCCUAGAAGUCUGCAAAGUUGAUAACCAACUAGAACAGAAUCAAGAAAUCCAGCACAGACAUUUCUGGCAGGCUCCAUUUAUCAACAACAAAACACUGACUGUACACAGAGGUAAUGUAUUAGGAAACAUUUUUAAUUUCAGCACAGACAGCAUUCCUUCCAUAAAAAUACCCUGUAAAUGUGACUCAUGUGGUAUGAAUUUGAAAUGUAUUUCAGAAUUAAUUAUUAAUAAGAAAAACUAUUUAAGUAAGAAGCCUGAUGACCUCAAUCCAUGUGGGAAAUUGUUCCUUCAUAGUAACCCUGAAAAAACCCAAAUGGGGGAGAAACCUUGUGAAUUCAUUCAAAAUCAAAAAUAUGUAAGUCGUAAUGAAGAUUUCAUUCCAUAUCAGAAAAUUAAAAAUGUACAACAAUGCUUAAUUCAAAGGAAUAAGGAAUAUGAGGAAUACGGGAAAGAGUUCCAUGAGAAGGCACUUGUCCCAUAUAACCAAGCUUGUAUAGGAGAGAGUCCUUGUGAACAUAAUGAAUCUGAUAAAACGUUCUGUAAUAAUGCAACCCUCGUGGCCCGUAAGAUAGCACAAAGAAUGGAAAAUCUUCAUGAGUUUAAUGAAUACGGUAAAACAUUUGAGAAGUCCUCCCUCUUGAAACCUAGAGUUCAUUUAAAGGUGAAGGGUUAUGAGUACAUUGAUAGAGUGGUUAGUUUCAAUAGGAGAUCAGACUUCCCUGACACAGGAGAUAGAGUAUUUGAAUAUAACAACUUGGGAGAACCUUUCUGGGAGAAGUCCGUUCUUAAUACAACUCCGAGAACACACGUAGGAGUCAAAGUCCAUGAAUGUAACGAAUGUGGAAAAGCAUUCUGCAAAAAGUCAAAACUCCCCAAACACCAGAAAAUACAUCCAAGAGAGAAACCAUACGAAUGUAAGGAAUGUGGGAAAUGCUUCUCUCGGAAAUCCCUCCUCACUUUACAUCAGAGAAUCCACACAGGAGAGAAACCCUACGAAUGUAAGGCCUGUGGGAAAUGCUUCUCUAGGAGUUCACACCUCAUAAUUCAUCAGAGGACUCACACAGGAGAGAAGCCCUAUGAAUGUAAGGAAUGUGGGAAGUGUUUCUACCAUAAGUCCUAUCUCACGGUACACCAGAGGAUUCACACAGGGGAGAAGCCCUAUGAAUGUAACCGAUGUGGAAAAACCUUCAUAAGCAACUCAGUCCUCACAAUACAUCAGAAAACACACACAGGCGAGAAACCCUAUGAGUGUAAUCAGUGUGGGAAAUUCUUCUCCAGAAACUCGUACCUUACAGUACAUCUGAGAACUCACACAGGGGAGAAGCCCUACGAAUGUGAGCUCUGUGGGAAAACCUUCUGUCACAAGUCAGAUGUCACAAAACAUGAGAAAACUCACAUAGGGGGAAAACCCUAUGGAUGUAAUCAGUGCGGGAAAACCUUUAGUCGUAACUCGGGCCUAAAAGUUCAUCAGAGAACUCACACAAAGGAGAAACCCUAUGAAUGUAACGAGUGUGGGAAAUCCUUUUCUGAGAAAUCAGUUCUCACAGUACAUCAGAGGAUACACACAGGCGAGAAACCUUACAAGUGUAAUGAAUGUGGGAAAACCUUCUACAAUAAAUCGGACCUCACUAAACACCACAGAACUCACACAGGUGAGAAACCCUAUGAAUGUAAGGAAUGUGGGAAAUUCUUCUCUAGGAAUUCAUACCUUACAGUACACCAGAGAAGUCAUACAGGGGAGAAACCCUAUGUGUGCAAGAAAUGUGGGAAAACUUUCUACCUUAAGUCAGACUAUACAGUACAUAAGAGAACACACAGAGGGGAGAAAUCCUAUCACUGUAAUCAGUGUGGGAAGACUUUCACUUGCGGUUCAGUCCUCAGAUCACAUCAGAGAACUCACACAGGUGAGAAGCCCUAUGAAUGUAACGAGUGUGGGAAAUCAUUUUCGGAGAAAUCCGUUCUCACCGUACAUCAGAGGAUACACACAGGGGAGAAACCUUAUAAGUGUAACGAAUGUGGGAAGUCCUUCUAUCAUAAGUCAGAUCUCACUAAGCAUCAGAGAACACACACAGGAGAGAAACCCUAUGAGUGUAAGCAUUGUGGGAAAACCUUCAGUUGCAACUCAGGCCUCAAAGUACAUCAGAGAAGACACGUAAGAGAGAAACCCUAUGAAUGUAUUGAGUGCGAGGUAACUGCCAAGAAAUCAGUUAUCACAGCACAUCCAAGGUUACACACAGGGGAAGAAAAGUAGUAAAUAUAGCGGUGAGAGGAAUCUUUCUCUCGUGAGUCAUACCUCAAAAUACCAUGGAAAAUUUACAAAAGACAUGACUCAAAGAAUGUAAAGAAUGGCAAAUCUCUUACCAGAAGUCAUCUUCCAGAGCAAACGAGAAUACUCAUAGGGGAAAACACUCUGAAUUUGAUGAAUGUUUGAAAAUCUGAUGUAAAUAAGACAACUAAAAAUGACUGCAUGUGGAAGAAAGCCUACUAAUACGUGUAGGGAGUAUGGGGGAUUAUUUUAUUAUGAAUUAGAGCUUAUUAAACCAAGAAUUUACAUAGGAGGUAAUCCUGUCAAUCAGAGAUAUGAAAAUGUUCUUCCAGAAUUUGGCCAUUAGUAAUCAGACCACAUUUGGGAAAAACUGUCAGCAUCUUACAUUUUUUUUGAGACCUUCGUCCACAAGUUGUACUCAUUUGUAGGUCGGAGGAGUAAUAGGGGGGAUACCCAAAGAAUGCAGCAAACGUAGUUGAGCAACUUUAUCAGAAAUGCCCUUUGUUGAGCAACACAAUUGAUACUGAGAGGAAGUCCUAAACGUGUUUUGAAUGUACAGGCUUUAACAAAAUCCAGACUUUAUUAUAUCUGAAGAUUGUAUUGAAGGAAGUAUGUCUUUAGGAAAUAUGGACAGGAAUUUUCCUUUAGAUCUCUUAUCCCUAAAGUUAUGCUUUUCUCUGAUCUCAAAAUUCUUUAAUAGAAAUAAAGCUGAUGGUAGACAUUUAUAAAAAUACUAACCAUGCAACGUGAAGCUUUUGGAAAAGAACAAAUAAACAGAAUAAUCUUCUCAGUCUCUGAUUUCACUUUUGGAGAAACACGUGUCACCCCGUGACAUUCCCUAUCAUGAGCCAUCGUAUGUUUUUGAUUAGUCCGCCCCCCAACUAUGCUGUUACCUCUGCAAAUAAUGUGUGAUGGUCUGGUUCCUCCUGGGAUCUACUAUAGGGGUUCCCACCGUGGACUAGCCCAGCCCAGAAUGUACACCUCCACCAGCCAGGGGCAGUCUGAAGGAUGUGUCUGUUUCCUCUUCGUAGGUUCUGGAACCAGAAAUAACAUUGAGUGUAUACUCUGUAGUACUCUAGUGCAUAUGACCUUUGUGCCCCAGUUCAAAUUUACAGGAAGAGCAUCUUAGCUUUGUUGCUUGAAUUCAAGCCUGUUGACCCAAUGAUAGCCUGGCUUUCCAGGGGGGAGAAACUUGACAUAUUUCCUAUGUGUGUCAAAUUAUGAGCAAUAGCAUAACCAUUGUGUGCCUGUGUGCCUGCUGCAGGUUGGAAGUAAUGUACUAUGAGAAUAGUUGAAUUAUCUGUAUACCGUCCUCAAAACUAUCCCAUACCCUAUAACUUUUUCCACCUUCAGCACUUUUCUCGAUUUACUUAAUAUUGAUCCAUGUCUCAUUACUUAUACAAUAAUAUUUUAAUGUAUGUUUGUGUGUGUGUGUGUGAUUGAUUUGCUAGGGUAUCGGUGGGAACACGUGUUUUGUAACUUGUUUUUGUCUUCAGAUGUAUGGUUUUGAUAUUUAUACAUAUGCUUUAGUUGAUUUGUUUUAAUAAAGCAUAAUAUAUGAUUAUGUAACUGUAACAAUAA